GGCGGACCCCGGCUGGCGGGGCUCGGGCGGCCGCGGGCUUCUGCACCGGGACGUGUCCCGCCGAGAGCCAUGGGCAACGAGGCGAGCUUGGAAGGGGAAGGGCUCCCCGAAGGGCUGGCGGCGGCCGCAGGCGGGGCUGGCGGCUCGGGGAGCGCCCUGCACCCCGGAAUCCCUGCCGGCAUGGAGGCGGACCUGAGCCAGCUGAGCGAGGAGGAGAGGAGACAGAUCGCUGCUGUCAUGUCAAGGGCGCAGGGGCUGCCCAAGGGAAGCGUCCCCGCGGCCGCUGCGGAGUCGCCUUCUAUGCACAGGAAACAAGAGUUGGAUAGUAGUCAGUCUCCCAAGCAACCCGGAAAGCCCCCAGACCCUGGGCGUCCCGCUCAGCCUGGACUCAGUAAAAGCAGAACUACAGACACAUUUAGGUCGGAGCAGAAGUUGCCUGGAAGGAGUCCGUCCACUAUUAGCUUGAAAGAAUCCAAGUCCAGAACUGAUUUUAAGGAAGAGUACAAGCCUAGUUUGAUGCCCGGUUUCUUCUCAGACGUUAACCCUUUAAGUGCUGUCUCCUCUGUAGUAAAUAAAUUCAACCCUUUUGAUUUGAUAUCGGACUCUGAAGCAUCCCAGGAGGAAACAACAAGGAAACAAAAAGUUGCUCAGAAGGACCAAGGGAAAUCAGAAGGAAUCACAAAACCUCCCUUACAACAGCCCUCACCCAAGUCGGUUCCGAAACAGCAAGGGCCAGUGAAGGAAGGGAUACAGCAGGACCCCUCUCCCAAGUCAGCAUCUUCCCAACAAGCAGAAAAAAUAAAACCACAAGCCCCCAGCACAGGAAAGCCUUCCCAGGCAUCUUCCCAGCCUCCGCAGACGGACCAGACAAAGCUGCCUAUUGAAAGAGACGCAGCCAGGCCUCAGACUAAACCUUCAGAACCAGGAAAGCCUUCCCAGCAGAGCCCAGCCAAAACACCAGCUCAGCAAGCAAGUCCUGGGAAAUCUGCAGCCCAACAACCCGGACCUGCAAAGGCCACAGUCCAGCAGCCAGGGCCAACAAAGUCCCCAGCUCAACCAGCAGGGACAGUGAAGGCCCCAGUGCAACCUCCAGUGACAUCCAAGCCCUCGGUGCAGCAGGCUGGAGUCGAGAAGACUUCAUCUCAGCAGCCCGGGCCAAAGCCUUUAACUCAAACUCCUGGUCCUGGAAAGAUUCCACCAGGGCCAUUAAAGUCCCCGGCUCAGCAGCCAGGAACAGCAAAACUCCCAGCUCAACAAACUGGCCCACAGCCUCCAGCUAAGGUACCUGGGCCUACAAAGACUCCUCCAACUCAGCACCCUGGACCUGGGAAGACACCAGCUCAACAGCCAGGCCCAGCAAAGCCUCAGCCUCAGCCUCAGCAGCCUACCCCACCCCAGCCUCAGCAGCCCACGCCAGCAAAGCCCCAGCCUCAACAGCCCACGCCAGCAAAGCCCCAACCUCAACAGCCCACCCCAGCAAAGCCCCAGCCUCAACAGCCCACCCCAGCAAAGCCCCAGCCUCAACAGCCCACCCCAGCAAAGCCCCAGCCUCAACAGCCCACCCCAGCAAAGCCCCAGCCUCAACAGCCCGCUCCAGCGAAACCCUCAGCUCAACAGCCCGCUCCAGCGAAACCCUCAGCUCAACAACAGCCUAUGAAACCGACAAGCCAAACGGUCUCUGUAAGACCUCUGCAGCCACCACCGACUUCUGCAGCACAGACUCCAGGACAAGACCUCUCCAAAACCAUCUGUCCCCUUUGCAACACCACUGAACUUCUGUUGCAUAGUCCAGAAAAGGCCAACUUUAACACAUGCACUGAGUGUCAGACCACCGUCUGUAGCCUCUGUGGUUUUAACCCCAAUCCUCACUUAACCGAGAUCAAAGAAUGGCUCUGUUUAAACUGUCAGAUGCAACGAGCUCUGGGAGGUGAACUGGCUCCAAUUCCGUCCUCACCCAAGCCCAGCCCUAAGGCUGCCUCUGUACCUCCUGCAGCCGCGGCCAGCAACAAGCCACCGGCACCAUCACAGCCUGCUUCCCCCAAGAAGGAACCUCCACCCAAACAGGACGGCCCCAAAGCGCCUGAGUCGAAAAAGCCACCGCCGCUGGUGAAGCAGCCAACCCUUCACGGACCUACCCCAGCUACAACCCCAAAGCCUCCAGCGGCAGAGGCCUUACCUGAGCCAGCCCCUCCCAAGGAGCCUUCUGCACCCCUACCUGAACAAGCCAAGGCACCUGUUGCAGAUGUUAAACCAAAGCAGCCCAAGACGGCAGAGCCGCGCGCUGAUGUUCAAUCUUCAGCGGUGGCAACAACAAGGCCCGAUGUUCCGAGCUCUCAGGUGCAGCCACAGGCUCAAGUGCAAACAGCCCCUCCUUUGAAAACGGACUCUGCCAAACCUUCCCACAGUUUCCCACCAACAGGAGAAAAAACCACCCCAUCUGAUUCUAGAGCCAUGCCUAGGCCUGCAUCAGACUCAAAAAUUCUUUCACAUCCGGGGCCCAGUUCUGAGAGCAAGGAUCCAAAACACGUUGAUCCAAUUCCCAGAAAGGAAGAGCCUAAGAAAGCACAAACGAGGAUGAGUCCUAAACCAGAUGCCAAGCCAGUGCCAAAAGGGUCACCGACACCCUCUGGCCCACGACCUACCCCUAGUCAAGCUGCACCCCCAUCUCACCAGCCCCUAAAGCCUCAGGAGCAACCAAGGCGGUUCAGUUUGAAUCUGGGUAGUAUCACCGACGCCCCCAAAUCACAACCCACAACUCCUCAAGAAACUGUGACAGGGAAGCUGUUCGGGUUUGGAGCAUCCAUCUUUAGCCAAGCAUCAAACUUAAUUUCCACAGCAGGCCAGCCCGGACCUCAUCCACAGACUGGGCCGGCAGCCCCAACGAAGCAAGCCCCGACUCCAUCACAGACCCCUGCAGCUCCUAAACCCACAGGUCAGCUCCCACCAGCACCUGCCAAGGUGCCACCUGGGAAGAAGGAAACAAAGGCUCCGGCCGCUGAGAGCUUAGAGUCCAAACCUGAGCAAGCUCCAGCAGCAAAGAGGCUAGAAAAAGACAAGAAGCCCCCACCCAGUAAGGUCAGCAAACCUCCACCUGCUGAGCCUGACAAGACCACCAAAUCGGAGCCAACCUGUCCGCUCUGCAAAACUGAACUCAACAUAGGCUCUCAGGAUCCUCCCAACUUCAACACUUGUACAGAGUGCAAGAGUCAAGUGUGCAAUCUCUGUGGAUUUAACCCAAUGCCCCACUUGACGGAGAUUCAAGAAUGGCUUUGUUUAAAUUGCCAGACGCAGAGAGCAAUUUCAGGACAACUUGGAGACACGGGCAAAAUGCCUCCUGUAUCGUCAGGACCCAAGGCAUCUCCUGUGCCUGCCCCUGCCGAACCACCGUCUCAGAAAACACCGAGGGCCCCUGUAAAAGAUAAAAAGAAGGAAGCAGAAGUCAAAACUGAAACUGAAAAACUGAUUCCAGAAAAAGAGACACCAUUAGUUGAGAAGACCCCUGCGACGGUCACCAUAGAUCAAAAACCAGAAGAGAGCAAAGUAGAGAAAGGCAAAAUUUCAGCCUGGAAAGAAAAGAAAUCACCUUCUCAAGAGGAAAAACCACUCCCGGAAGAUAAAACGAGAAAGAAGCCACUUGACGAAAAGUCGGCACCUGCUGAAGAAAAACCACCCCUUGAAGGAAAGAAGCCAACCCCCGGGGAUAAGGAAUUACCCCCAGAAGUAAAGCCACUGGCCUUGGAGGGGGAAGAGAAACCUGAAAUACUUCAAGCUCAAGCACAAAUUCCUGCAGAGCCCACAGCAGGGGUGGCCGCCAAGGCAGGGGGAGGAGAGGGGCAGCCCGAGGCCAGGACUGAAGAUCUGCCGAGGGACACACCUCAGACUUUGCCCAAGGAAGCAGGGAGGGAAAGCGGUGCGGAAGGCAGCGCCAAGUCUGACCUGGUGGGGCCUGGCAAAGAAAAACCGGAAAAGGAAGAGGACAAGUCCGACACCUCCAGUUCUCAGCAGCCCAAGAGCCCACAAGGUCUGAGUGACACAGGCUACUCUUCUGAUGGAAUAUCAGGUUCUCUUGGUGAAAUCCCAAGUCUUAUACCAAGCGAUGACAAAGAUUUGCUCAAAGGACUCAAAAAGGACUCUUUCUCACAAGAAAGCAGCCCUUCCAGCCCCUCGGACCUAGCGAAGCUGGAAAGCACAGUACUAUCCAUAUUGGAAGCUCAGGCGAGUACACUGGGUGAUAAAUCAGAAAAGAAAGCACAGCCCCAGAAGGUUUCUCCUGAGCAGCCUCAGGAACAACAAAAGCCUCAGACCCAGUCUGAAAUGCUGGAUAUUACUCUUUCAGAAGAAGAGGUCAAAGAGAGCCAAGAAAAGAAAGAAAGUUCCAAAAGGGAUAGCCAACAAGGCUUUCCUUCCAGGAAGGACCAUAAAGAAAAGCCUGAGCUGGUUGAUGACCUAAGUCCAAGAAGAGCAUCCUAUGAUUCCGUGGAAGACAGCAGCGAAAGUGAAAACUCCCCUGUCGUACGUCGAAAGCGGCGAACUAGUGUUGGCUCCUCAAGCAGCGAUGAGUAUAAACAGGAAGACAGCCAAGGUUCUGGGGAAGAAGAGGACUUCAUACGAAAACAGAUUCUCGAAAUGAGUGCGGAUGAGGAUGCUUCUGGCUCUGAAGACGAUGAGUUCAUCAGGAGUCAGCUCAAAGAGAUUGGCGGUCUUCCUGAGAGCCAGAAAAGGGAAGAAGCCAAAGGCAAAGGGAAAAGCACAGUGGGGAAGCACAGACGACUGACUCGCAAGAGUACCACUAGCUUUGAUGAUGACGCAGGGAGACGUCAUUCCUGGCAUGACGAGGACGAUGAAACAUUCGAUGAAAGUCCUGAGCUCAAAUUCCGAGAAACUAAAAGUCAGGAGAGCGAAGAACUUGUCGUUGCUGGAGGCGGAGGGUUACGUCGUUUUAAGACGAUCGAACUCAACAGCACGACAGCAGAUAAAUACUCCGCCGAGUCCUCUCAGAAAAAAACAACUUUGUAUUUUGACGAAGAGCCUGAAUUAGAAAUGGAAAGCCUCACAGACUCACCCGAGGACAGAUCUAGAGGAGAGGGGUCCUCUAGUCUCCACGCAUCCAGCUUCACUCCUGGCACGUCCCCUACAUCGGUGUCGUCACUCGAUGAGGACAGCGACAGCAGCCCCAGCCACAAGAAAGGGGAGAGCAAACAGCAGCGCAAAGCGCGGCACCGGACACAUGGCCCUCUCUUGCCCACCAUCGAAGAUUCUUCGGAGGAAGAAGAAUUGCGAGAGGAAGAAGAAUUGCUCAAAGAGCAAGAGAAGCAGCGGGAAUUAGAGCAGCAACAAAGGAAGAGUUCUAGUAAGAAAUCAAAGAAAGACAAAGAUGAACUUCGAGCUCAGAGAAGGAGAGAAAGACCCAAGACGCCACCCAGUAAUCUCUCUCCCAUUGAGGAUGCAUCUCCCACGGAAGAAUUGCGCCAGGCGGCAGAAAUGGAGGAGCUCCAUAGGUCCUCUUGUUCUGAAUACUCACCUAGCAUAGAAUCCGACCCGGAAGGAUUUGAAAUAAGCCCUGAGAAAAUAAUAGAAGUUCAGAAAGUUUAUAAAUUGCCCACAGCUGUGUCUUUGUACUCACCCACAGAUGAGCAAUCUGUGAUGCAGAAAGAAGGUGUUCAGAAGGCGCUGAGGAGCGCCGAAGAGAUGUAUGAAGAAAUGAUGCAGAAAACCCACAAAUACAAGUCCUUCCCAGCUGUAAACGAGCGAGACGAAGUGUUUGAAAAAGAGCCGCUGUAUGGGGGCAUGUUAAUAGAGGACUACAUUUAUGAAUCUUUAGUAGAGGACACAUACAAUGGAUCUGUAGAUGGCAGCCUGCUCACCAGGCAAGAAGAACAAAACGGAUUUCUGCAGCAGAGAGGGAGAGAGCAAAAGAUAAGACUCCCCGAACAGAUUUACGAUGAUCCUAUGCAGAAAAUUACAGACCUCCAGAAAGAGUUUUAUGAGUUAGAAAGCUUACAUUCUAUCGUGCCUCAAGAAGACAUAGUUUCGAGCUCGUAUAUCAUUCCAGAAAGCCACGAGAUAGUGGACCUGGGCACCAUGGUAACUUCUACCAGUGAGGAAAAGAAAUUAUUAGAUGCUGACGCUGCCUACGAAGAACUUAUGAGGCGGCAGCAGAUGCAGGUAACAGAUGGAUCCAGUCCUCCGCAGACCACCAUCGGGGAUGACAUGACAGAGUCCACUAUGGAUUUUGACAGGGUGCAAGAUGCAUCUUUGACAUCAAGCAUCCUUUCUGGAGCAUCUCUUACAGACUCAACCAGCAGCGCCACUCUCUCUAUCCCAGAUGUUAAGAUAACCCAACAUUUUUCAACAGAAGAACUUGAAGAUGAAUAUGUAACUGAUUAUACCAGAGAAAUUCAAGAAAUAAUUGCCCAUGAGUCACUGAUAUUGACCUACUCCGAGCCUUCAGAAAGUGCUGCGUCUGUCCCCCCGUCCGACACACCUUCUCUUACGUCAUCGGUUUCUUCCGUCUGCACCACCGACAGCUCCUCACCUGUCGCUCCCCUGGACAGUGUAACCGCGGCUUAUACAGAGCCAGCGGGAGGAAUAACUAAAUUUGAAGACUCUGAGGAAAUUUCUUCCUCCACUUAUUUUCCGGGCAGUGUCAUAGACUACCCAGAAGACAUAGGCGUGUCCUUAGAUCGGACCAUCAUGCCUGAAAGUAGAACGGAUGGUGACCAUGCUGUGAUUUCCUUCUCUAGUAUGACCCCUUCUGUCACAGAAACUGUAGGACCUAAAGCUGGCAGGCCACACGCUGACACCGUGUCCACGGACUUACCUACAUCUGAAAAAGAUCCCAUAAAAGGCAAGACAGAAACUGGGGAUGGAAUUAUUCUAGAGGUUUUGGAUGCUUACAAAGAUAAAAGGGAAGAGUCUGAGGCUGAAUUCGCAAAAAUCAGCUUACCUGAAACUGGGUUGGUCCAAACACCUCAUUCCGUCAUAGCCCCGCAGAUGAAAGAACAGCCUGUAUCUCCAUAUCCUGUAUCUGGAAAGGUCUCGGGUCAGGAAAAGCCCACAUAUAGGUUACCAUCAGCUGGUCCUCCUGUUUCUACCCACCCACCUAAAUCUCAUCCAUUUUUCCGAAGUUCUUCUUUAGACAUAUCAGCCCAGCCACCCCCUCCUCCCCCUCCACCUCCUCCACCUCCACCACCACCUCCUCCUCCUCCUCCUCCUCCUCCACCAUUGCCCCCAGCAACUUCACCUAAGCCAAUCAUUUAUCCUAAAAAAAAAUUGGCCACUCAAGCUCCAGUGACUCCAACGACUAUCUCUACAACCCACAUUGAUGUUGUUACUACAGUGGAGGUCACAGCCGCUCGGAGGAGUAAUGGGCUACCUACCACCAAAGUAUGUGCCGCCGCACCGCCUCCUGUCCCUCCGAAGCCUGCUUCAAUUCCAACUGGACUUGUGUUUACACAUCGGCCAGAACCAAUCAAACCUCCAAUUGCCCCCAAGCCAGUAGUUCCUCAGAUUCCGGUAACUGCACCAAAAACAACAGACACGUGCCCCAAACCAACAGGUCUGUCUUUAACUUCAAGUAUGUCCCUGAAUUUAGUGACUUCAGCAGAUUACAAACUGCCUUCCCCUACCUCCCCACUUUCCCCACAUUCCAAUAAAUCCUCACCAAGGUACUCUAAGUCUCUAAUGGAGACGUACGUGGUUAUCACAUUGCCCUCUGAACCUGGGACUCCAACAGAUUCUUCUGCUGCCCAAGCCAUUACCAGCUGGCCCUUGGGAUCACCCCCAAAAGAUCUAGUUUCCCUUGAAACAGUGUUUUCUGUAGUUCCUCCUAUGACAACUACGGAAAUUCCAAGUUCUUCACAGCCAGCCCUGUACGCACCAGGAGCUUUGGAGACCUUUUCUUCUGCCCCUAUUGUGACACCGUCUCUAUUUCAAGGAGCUCCAACAUCACUUACACAGUUCCUUCCAACAGAAGGAUCAAAAACCCAGGUUUCUGCGACCGGAAGCACAGCCCCCAGCAUCGCUCCCAGAAGUGUUUCCAUACCCAUUCCGCCAGAGCCUCUUGCUCUAGACAGGCGUCCGUACAAGGAAAAUGGAAAGUUGCCACUUACUGGUGAUGCCAUUGAUUUACGAACAAUACCAAAAACAGAAGCUAAAGCAGCUGAAAAAUGUAUGGAUCUUUCUGCCUCUGCCAUGGAGGUGAAAAGGCAGACCACGACAAAUGAAGUUUAUGGGCGACAAAUUAGCGCCAUCCAACCUUCUAUCAUAAAUCUCAGCGCGGCUGCCUCUUUAAUAACUCCAGUCGGCCUAGACUCGGAGACAGUGGCGGUUGUCACAUGCACCGAUACCACAACUUACACAACAGUCACGGGAAGCCAAGUGAGCGGAGAGCGUGCAGGGGCAGUACCGCUCCAGCUUACCGUCUCGAAACAUACUGAGUCACCCUAUAGGAUAGCAGGCGGCCAGACAUUUCCCACGAUCAGAGACGAAGCACCAAUCAACUUAUCGCUGGGUCCCUCCGCUCAGGCAGUGACAUUGGCGGUGACGAAGCCUGUCACUGUGCCCCCUGUCGGUGUCACCAACGGAUGGACUGACAGCAUCGCAUCUCAGGGGAUCACAGACGGAGAAGCGGUAGAUCUCAGCACGUCCAAGUCUCAUAGGACAGUUGUCACAAUGGAUGAGUCUACUUCCAAUGUGGUGACCAAAAUAAUAGAAGACGACGAGAAGCCUGUUGAUCUGACCGCGGGAAGAAGGGCUGUGUGCUGUGACAUGGUUUAUAAGCUGCCUUUUGGAAGGAGCUGCACAGCGCAGCAGCCUGCCACUACCCUUCCUGAAGACCGCUUCGGUUACAGGGACGAUCACUAUCAGUAUGAUAGAUCAGGGCCGUACGGUUACAGAGGGGUUGGUGGAAUGAAACCCUCCAUGUCUGACACUAAUUUGGCAGAAGCUGGACAUUUUUUCUAUAAAAGUAAGAAUGCUUUUGAUUACUCUGGAGGCGCUGAUGCAGCCGUAGAUCUAACUUCAGGGAGAGUAUCUACAGGUGAGGUAAUGGAUUAUUCAAGCAAGACUACAGGUCCAUACCCAGAAACACGCCAAGUCAUUUCAGGAGUUGGGAUUAGUACCCCGCAGUAUUCCACAGCGAGAAUGACUCCUCCUCCAGGACCGCAGUAUGGAGCGGGAAGUGUUCUGAGGUCAUCUAAUGGUGUUGUCUAUUCUUCGGUAGCAACUCCGAUCCCCGCCACAUUUGCUAUCACCACUCAGCCCGGCUCCAUUUUCAGCACCACGGUCAGGGAUUUGUCGGGCAUUCACACAACAGAUGCACUGACUUCACUCUCAGCCCUGCAUCAAAGCCAGCCAAUGCCUCGGUCGUAUUUCCUAACAACGGGUGCAUCCGAAACAGACAUCUCAGUGACCGGCAUUGACAUCAAUGCCAGUCUGCAAACGAUGACUAUGGAAACUCUCCCUGCUGAGACGGUGGACUCUGUCCCUGCUUUCACCACAGCAUCGGAAGGGUUCUCUGAGGUGGUAGGAGAGGAAAGCACUCUUUCAAUGGUCUCUGACGAAGAUAAGCAGCAGCAGCAGCUUGACUUGGAGCGAGAGCUCCUGGAGCUGGAGAAAAUUAAGCAACAGCGCUUUGCUGAGGAGUUGGAGUGGGAACGUCAGGAGAUUCAGAGGUUCCGAGAGCAGGAAAAGAUCAUGGUUCAAAAGAAGCUGGAGGAGCUGCAGUCUAUGAAACAGCACCUCCUAUACCAGCAAGAAGAAGAGCGGCAGGCCCAGUUCAUGAUGAGGCAGGAGACGCUAGCUCAGCAGCAGUUACAGCUUGAGCAGAUUCAGCAGCUGCAACAGCAGCUACACCAGCAGCUCGAGGAGCAGAAGCUCCGCCAGAUCUACCAGUACAACUAUGACCCCUCUGGAAAUGCCUCUCCGCAAACCACCACUGAGCAGGCCAUGUUGGAGGGUCAGUAUGCUGCUCCAGAGGGCAGUCAGUUUUGGGCCACCGAAGAUGCCACCACCACAGCUUCUACCGUGGUGGCCAUUGAAAUACCCCAGAGCCAAGGAUGGUACACUGUUCAAUCCGAUGGGGUGACUCAGUACAUCGCUCCGCCCGGCAUCCUGAGUACUGUUUCAGAGAUACCUCUGACGGAUGUUGUGGUAAAAGAGGAGAAACAACCAAAAAAGAGAAGUUCGGGAGCUAAAGUUCGGGGGCAGUAUGAAGAGAUGGGGGAAAGUCUGGCAGACGAUCCGCGGAACUUGAAAAAGAUAGUGGACAGCGGCGUCCAAACUGACGACGAAGAAACUGCUGACCGGAGCUAUACCAGUAGAAGGAGGAGAACUAAAAAGAGCGUGGAUACCAGUGUCCAGACUGAUGACGAAGAUCAGGAUGAAUGGGACGUGCCUUCUAGGUCAAGGAGAAAAGCCCGUCCGGGGAAGUACGGAGACGGCAGCACCACAGAGGGUGACAAGACCAAACCCCUCUCCAAAGUCUCCAGUGUAGCAGUUCAGACAGUCGCAGAGAUAUCUGUGCAAACUGAACCAGUGGGAACCAUAAGGACACCUUCCGUACGAGCGCGGGUGGAUGCCAAGGUAGAAAUAAUUAAACACAUUUCAGCACCUGAAAAGACUUACAAAGGGGGCAGUUUAGGAUGUCAAACAGAAACAGAUUCAGACACACAGAGCCCUCCUUAUCUGGGUGCCUCCUCUCCACCCAAAGACAAGAAACGCCCAACACCUUUAGAGAUUGGGUACUCCUCAGCUCACCUUCGGGCAGACACCACAGUCCAGCUGGCUCCUUCCCCACCCAAAUCUCCCAAGGUCCUCUACUCACCCAUCUCCCCACUGUCACCAGGCAAAGCAUUAGAAUCAGCCUUUGUACCUUACGAGAAACCCCUCCCUGAUGACGUAAGUCCACAGAAAGUACUCCAUCCAGACAUGGCUAAAGUGCCCCCAGCAAGUCCUAAGACAGCCAAGAUGAUGCAGCGUUCUCUGUCUGACCCCAAGCCUCUGAGUCCUACAGCGGACGAGCGUUCCAGGGCUCCUUUUCAGUAUUCCGAGGGCUUCACGACCAAAGGUUCUCAAACCAUGACAGCCUCUGGAACCCAGAAAAAAGUCAAGAGAACACUGCCAAACCCCCCUCCCGAGGAGGCAUCUACGGGAACACAGUCUGCUUACAGUACAAUGGGCACUGCGUCCAGGAGAAGAAUGUGCAGAACUAACACCAUGGCUCGAGCCAAGAUUCUCCAGGACAUAGACCGAGAGCUCGACCUCGUAGAAAGGGAAUCUGCCAAGCUUAGAAAGAAGCAAGCAGAACUUGACGAAGAAGAAAAGGAGAUUGAUGCCAAGCUACGGUAUUUAGAGAUGGGGAUUAACAGGAGAAAAGAAGCAUUGCUGAAGGAGCGAGAAAAGAGAGAGCGUGCCUACCUGCAGGGGGUAGCCGAGGACCGGGAUUACAUGUCGGACAGUGAGGUCAGCAGCACCAGACCAAGCCGAAUAGAAAGUCAACACGGCAUCGAGCGGCCGAGGACAGCUCCGCAAACUGAGUUCAGCCAGUUCAUACCACCCCAAACCCAAACGGAAGCUCAACUGGUUCCUCCAACGAGUCCUUACACACAAUACCAGUACUCCUCGCCGGCUCUUCCCACCCAAGCACCCACCCCGUAUACUCAGCAAUCUCAUUUUCAACAGCAGACCCUGUACCAUCAGCAAGUCUCACCUUAUCAGACUCAACCCACCUUCCAAGCGGUGGCAACCAUGUCCUUCACACCCCAAGCUCAGCCCACUCCAAGCCCACAACCGUCUUAUCAGUUGCCGUCCCAGAUGAUGGUGAUACAGCAGAAACCUCGGCAAACGACAUUGUAUUUGGAACCCAAGAUAACGUCCAACUAUGAAGUGAUUCGCAACCAGCCCCUGAUGAUCGCUCCUGUUUCGACUGAUAAUACGUACGCUGUUUCCCACCUCGGGAGUAAGUACAAUAGCUUAGAUUUGAGAAUAGGGCUGGAAGAAAGAAGCAGCAUCGUGAGCAGCCCAAUAUCAAGCAUUUCUGCAGACUCUUUCUAUGCAGAUAUGGACCACCACACUUCAAGGAAUUACGUCCUAAUCGAUGACAUUGGGGAAAUUACCAAAGGAACAGCGGCACUAAGCACAGCGUUUAGCCUCCACGAGAAAGAUCUGUCCAAAACGGACCGUCUCCUUAGAACCACCGAGACCCGCAGGUCUCAGGAAGUGACCGAUUUCCUGGCGCCUUUGCAGACUUCCUCCAGACUCCACAGCUAUGUGAAGGCAGAGGAGGACCCGAUGGAGGAUCCUUACGAGUUAAAGCUUCUGAAACACCAGAUUAAGCAAGAAUUCCGCAGAGGCACCGAGAGCCUCGACCACCUUGCUGGUCUUUCACAUUAUUACCACGCCGAUACUAGCUAUAGACAUUUCCCCAAGUCUGAAAAGUAUAGCAUCAGUAGACUCACCCUUGAAAAGCAAGCAGCCAAACAAUUACCAGCAGCCAUACUCUACCAAAAGCAGUCGAAGCAUAAGAAAUCGUUAAUUGACCCUAAAAUGUCAAAGUUUUCACCUAUUCAAGAAAGCAGAGAUCUUGAACCCGACUAUCCAAGUUAUAUGAGUUCUAGCACUUCAUCUAUUGGUGGUAUUUCUUCUAGGGCAAGGCUUCUUCAAGAUGAUAUCACAUUUGGUCUCAGAAAAAAUAUUACAGAUCAACAAAAAUUCAUGGGCUCAUCACUUGGGUCAGGACUGGGCACAUUAGGAAACACCAUCAGGUCAGCUCUACAAGAUGAAGCAGAUAAACCAUACAGCAGCGGAAGCAGGUCCAGGCCUUCCUCGAGACCUUCUUCUGUCUAUGGGCUUGAUUUAUCGAUUAAGAGGGAUUCUUCCAGCUCAUCGUUAAGACUGAAAGCUCAAGAGGCCGAAGCUCUCGACGUCUCCUUUGGCCACUCGUCAUCUUCUUCCAGAACUAAGCCCACCAGUUUACCCAUCAGCCAGAGCCGAGGAAGAAUACCAAUUGUGGCUCAGAACUCGGAGGAAGAAAGUCCACUCAGUCCUGUUGGCCAGCCAAUGGGAAUGGCCAGGGCUGCCGCUGGACCGCUGCCUCCGAUAUCUGCGGACACCAGGGAUCAGUUUGGAUCGAGCCAUUCACUGCCCGAAGUUCAGCAACACAUGAGAGAAGAGUCACGGACGAGAGGGUAUGACCGUGACAUAGCGUUCAUCAUGGAUGAUUUCCAACACGCUAUGUCUGACAGCGAAGCCUACCACUUGCGUCGGGAGGAAACGGAUUGGUUUGAUAAACCCAGGGAGUCUCGCUUGGAAAAUAGCCAUGGUCUGGACCGGAAAUUGCCAGAAAGAUUGGUUCACUCUAGACCCCUCAGUCAACAUCAAGAGCAGAUUCUGCAAAUGAAUGCCAAGACGAUGCACUACAUCUUUCCUCACGCAAGAGUAAAAAUAGCCAGAGACUCGAAGGACCACACAGUUUCAGGCAAUGGGCUAGGAAUUAGAAUUGUUGGUGGUAAAGAAAUCCCUGGCCAUGGUGGAGAAAUUGGAGCCUAUAUUGCUAAGAUUCUUCCGGGUGGAAGUGCAGAACACACGGGAAAACUUAUAGAAGGGAUGCAGGUUUUGGAAUGGAACGGGAUCCCCUUAACCUCUAAGACAUACGAGGAAGUACAGAGCAUCAUUAAUCAACAAAGUGGGGAAGCAGAAAUAUGUGUAAGACUGGACCUCAAUAUGUUGUCAGAUUCGGAAAAUCCCCAGCACCUGGAACUGCACGAGCCACCGAAAGCUGUGGACAAGGCGAAGUCCCCAGGGGUUGAUCCCAAGCAGUUGGCGGCGGAGCUGCAGAAGGUCUCCCUCCAGCAGUCCCCACUGGUCAUGUCGUCAGUCGUGGAGAAAGGGUCUCAUGCUCAUUCAGGUCCCACGUCAGCAGGAUCCAGCUCUGUUCCCAGCCCUGGGCAGCCAGGGUCGCCCUCCGUGAGCAAGAAGAAGCAUGGUAGCAGCAAGCCUACUGAUGCAACAAAGGUUGCCUCUCAUCCAAUUACAGGAGAAAUUCAGCUUCAAAUCAACUAUGACCUUGGAAACCUUAUAAUACAUAUUCUUCAAGCAAGAAAUCUUGUCCCUAGAGACAACAACGGCUACUCUGACCCUUUUGUUAAGGUGUACCUACUUCCGGGGCGAGGUCAAGUCAUGGUUGUCCAGAACGCAAGUGCUGAGUACAAGAGGAGGACUAAAUAUGUCCAGAAAAGUCUUAAUCCUGAAUGGAAUCAAACAGUAAUUUAUAAAAGCAUUUCCAUGGAGCAGCUCAUGAAGAAGACAUUGGAGGUGACGGUUUGGGAUUAUGAUAGAUUCUCUUCCAACGACUUCCUUGGGGAGGUGUUGAUCGAUCUAUCCAGCACAUCUCACCUGGACAACACUCCUCGGUGGUAUCCACUGAAGGAACAGACCGAGAGCAUUGACCACGGCAAGUCUCACUCCAGUCAAAGCAGCCAGCAGUCUCCAAAGCCCUCUGUCAUCAAAAGCAGAAGCCAUGGUGUCUUCCCUGACCCAUCCAAGGACAUGCAAGUUCCCACCAUUGAGAAAUCCCACAGUAGUCCUGGUAGCUCAAAAUCAUCAUCCGAAGGCCAUCUCCGAUCUCAUGGACCAUCUCGCAGUCAAAGCAAAACCAGUGUCACUCAAACGCACCUGGAAGACGCAGGGGCUGCCAUAGCCGCGGCCGAAGCCGCCGUGCAACAACUCCGCAUUCAACCAACCAAGCCCGCCAAUCACCGGCCUGCAGAGAGCUCCGUGUCCACCGGCUCCUCGGGCAGCAGCGUUGGCAGUGGGUACAGCGUGGACAGUGAAGGAAGCAGCUCCGCGCCAGGAGAAACCAAUCUACUUCCUAUCCCAAGGAUAGGAAAGAUGGGACAGAAUGGACAAGACCCUGUGAAGCAGCCAGGAAUGGGAGCGGCAGACACAGAAGCCAAAACUCAAGUGAUGGGAGAGAUCAAGCUAGCCCUGAAAAAGGAAAUGAAAACAGACGGCGAACAACUAAUAGUUGAAAUUCUCCAGUGCAGAAAUAUUACCUACAAAUUUAAGUCUCCGGAUCACUUACCAGAUUUAUAUGUGAAAAUAUAUGUGAUAAACAUCUCUACUCAAAAGAAGGUUAUCAAGAAGAAGACAAGGGUGUGCAGGCAUGACCGAGAGCCUUCCUUCAACGAAACCUUCAGGUUCAGCCUGAGUCCUGCGGGUCAUUCUCUUCAGAUUUUGCUUUUCUCCAAUGGAGGGAAGUUCGUGAAGAAGACUUUGAUUGGAGAGGCCUGUAUCUGGCUUGACAAAGUGGACCUGAGGAAGAGACUAGUGAACUGGCACAAACUUUUAGCCACGCCUACCCAAACACACUGAAGCUGCGUCUGCUCAGGGUGUGGAAGUGGAGCUCCGUAGCCUCAGAGGGAGACUGGAGUUGGACCCUUCUGUGCUGAUCCAUGUUUUCAGGGGCAAACAUGAGGAAGGAAACAAGAAGCCAACACACCGCGUUGUUGUGGAAUACAACAUGCCUCCUCAAGUUCACGUGUUGGAAGCAAACCGAAGAAAACAGGCCAGAGACCCUGGAUUUCUCAAAGCUGUGAAGAGAAGCUGCGGAAGGAGAUUUGACUUUUUGACGUGGCAGUCUUGGAGCAGCCUGGGCUGAAGCUAAUUAAGAGGCACAGAGGUUUUUCUAUGGCGGUCAAAGGUAAAGUGAAAGCAAUUGUUUGUGCACACAGAAACCUUGUGUUCCAAAGGACGGGUCGAGUGAAGCUCGGUUUUGAAAAGGACAAAACUCUUGGUCUUAUAUUCUCAUAAAACUUCCUGCUUUGGAACUCUGGCCUAAGAUGCAUCUCUGAGUUGUCUACAGGACCAGAAGGUGACUGUGUUGAUGGGGAAAAUGAAGCAGGAGUUGUGAACAAUGGAUUUGAGACUGGACCGUGCAUGUUUUCCCUAUGUCUACGUUAGGAAGCUAUACAGCGCUAGGUCUGGAUUCUAUCCGGCAGAAGCACAUCUCCUUUUGGUGUAACUUAAAAUAGUCAAGAGUGAAGAUAAUCGUAGGUUAAAAUUAAACUGUAUUUACCUAGAAAUAAAACAAAAAAAAACUAGUGACUGGAUACUAAAAGAGAAUGCUGACCCGCAAAACAUGUCCCUUGUUUGAAACCAUUACAGUCUCCAUAACGUUCCACUGAGUCAAGGCACUUUCAGCAGCACAUCCAGGCCUCUAGAUUAGUUGGUGUGCCCUAUGAGGAGCUUUGCUCAUUCACGAGGAGCUGCCCUCCAUGCGUCAUUCCACGUCUUUCCUUCCUCUUGCGUAAUGUGUUGUCAGAGACAUCAAAUUAUUGUUCUGGCAAAAAAAAAUCAUAUUUUAUCAUAUGACAUUGAUUAAACUGUUGUCACUUUCUAAUUUUUCUGUGGUUUUUCUCUAUACUCAAUAACAAUAUAAUGAACACCCUGACAACACCCUCAAGUCCUUUCUCCUGUUCUGCUUUCUUGUUGGUGAUAAUACCAUCGUGAGAAAGCUAAUGUUGGGAAAGGCUGGGGGGGGGAAUCAAUGUUGGAAAUUAAAAUACAUUUGAUCUAUUUUAAUAAUAUAGAACCAAACAACCAAUGUGUGCAUUGCCAAAACGAAGCACUCCCUCCCUAUCCACCACCAGUGUCAAUAAAUAAAAAGUAGCAGGGAGCCGCGGGACAUGCACUCAGCCGAGGCCGAAGUCCUGGCGUCUGGUCCUGAUUCUGCUCCUGACCUUGCACGUUACCACUUCUCAAAUGCAGGUCAAAUUCCCUUCCCCCUAAAUAAUGGUGUUUUCCUAUCCCUCCUAACAGGAUGCCAGGAUGCGCAAAUAAAGAGGUCUAGGAACUAGGAAAGCACAUUCCCAAAUACAAAUUGAAAGACAAUUAUUGUGUAGCUUUUUAAUUCACAAAUUUUAUAUGUGAGAAACAACUUCCAACCAAGGAUAAGCAUGAAUAAAAAGAGGAAAUUGUUCCAAGACUCAUUUUAUUCAACUUCCACUUAAAUAGACUUCCAUUUAACCUGAAAAAGAUAGAAUGUUAAAUAAAAGUUAUUUGUCAUACAAAAUUUUCUGAAGCCACAGCUCUUAUUCCACUAUCACAUUCUACCCAAAAUAAACAAAAUUGUUUUUCAGAGUACUUGAACUAAAAGUUGUUAGCUUAUUUAAGAUGAGGCUUUAUUGGGAUUGUAGGAAAUCAUCUCAAAAAUAUUGGCUGGAUAUUGAAUUUUCUCAUUUUUGGAAAAAAAAACAUUAAAUUUGAAAGUAAUGCAAGAACCUAGAAGUAAACAUUUCUAGUAUAUGCCAAAUUGUAUAUCUUAUACUCAUUAAAAAAAAUCCAAGUUCACUUUUUUUGUCCUAAAAUACCAACAUUCUCUUUCCCCUAUUUUCUUUCUUCUCCCCUCCCAAUGCAAUACCAUUUGCCACUGACAGUCUUCUAAGUGAACACGGGGGAUGCAAAUUUUCGAAGAUAGGAUAUUGCUAACAUUUAUCUUUAGAGACUACUAGAUAUAUUGGUGGUUGUCAUGGAUAUUUCCAGCAGACACUUGUACUGGAAACCUGUCACCAGUCACAACUGGGGAGGAAAGGAGUCUAGGAGGAUGUGGGACAUCAAAAGCUCUUCACAGGCAACUCGGGUCCAUCUCUUAGCCUGCUCUACCGUCUCUGGUACUCCGAGGGUUUGGUGGAAGGUUGUACAGUCGGGUAGCUUACUCCGUUCUUGUCGCAGCUUACACACUCAGAAGGCCCAUCAGAACAAACUCAACAGGAGUAGCUCUUACACCUGAAAUAAUGGAAGCCCUUCUAGGGCAGCUGCCCCUCCAUUCCAAGGGAGUAACAAUAGGGCUAGAUCAAUGAGAUCAAUCGAGAGUCAACGACAGGCUUCUUACCAUGCACCAGCAUUCCCCUUGAAAAAGGUCCUGCCAGUGUGCAGCUGACCAGGCUCCUAGGUUGUAACUGGACUUGUUCUAUGCAACACCAAUUCCUACAGGAAUGCACUUGGAGGGAUGCCACUGGCCCUUCUCACCACGGAACUCUUUCUUUUUUAAUUGCAAAGGGGGCUCUUAGUGGUUUUUUUUUUUUUACUUUUUUUUGGUAAAUAACACAACACAUGAUUUUCCAUUUUUUUACUUUAUGUUUUAUUACUAGAAUUAGCUUUUCUAUCUUAACAGUAACCAAGUUUAUAAUCUCUAAUCACUAGGCUAUCAAACUUCUUGCCGCACUUACACCUUGAGAAGCAUUUUGUUUUCCCUACUAGUCCACUGAGUCGUCAAAGACAGAAGUCGCUGGCUGGUUUAAAGAUGAGUAGUAAGAAAUCUUUCAACCGGAGAAGAAAAAGCACAGAGGGAAUUUUUAUAAAAACAGGGAAUUAUAGAAUCAUUGCUACAGAUGAUUACGUGACACUCGUAGCAAGAUGCUGGUGUUUUCUCUGGUUUUACUUAAUAUUAAGAAAAAUUUUGGUGACUCUGAACUUGUUUGAUUAGCAUUUCUGUUUCAAAGAACAAUACUCAACAUUAAGAGAUAGCACUUGCCCUUGAUCCUUAAUACGGUCCAUAUUUUAGUAAUUAAUGAUAGUUAAAUAUACAUCCUCUGCAUAUCUAUGAGGUUGAUUUGGGGAAUCACACACACUUGCAUAAUUGUAUCCUGGGAAAAUUAUAGCUGGUAACCAGCUGAUAUUGAUUCUCGUUCUAGAAUGGCUGUUAUGAUGUUGGUGGUAGCCAUAGUAACAAUAGUGGUGGCAGUGAUGUGAAGUAAAAUAAACGAUUUGUUACUAUAUUGUGCCCAAUUUAUGAGAAAUGAUUUAACCAAUGCUUCAUUUCAUUAAAAUACCAUAAAGAUGUCUAUAGUAUUUUUUUACUUUAUUAUUUAAAUCAUAACUAACAAUAUUUUUAAAAACUUAUUUUAAUUGCUAUAAUGUCAAAUAGUCCAAAAUUAGCCGACUACAGCAACAUGUGUUUAUAAAUAUAUGUAUGGACAGGAGAGACUUUCCCUCCUUUUGAGUUUGAAAUGAAAGUGAACGCUUGAUAACUCAUCAGGAGCUUUUCCCUGAAUAGCUGUUGGCCUCUAGUGUAACAGGAAUGAAUGCAUGAAGCUGACAGUCUCAUGGAAUAGGACAUAUCUAUGUUUUCUGUAUGUCUCGUGUGGCUGUUGUGAAAGAUGCACAGUCAACAAAAAUCGUUUAAUCAAGUUCUUUAUCCGAUAGGAAGCCUGAGAGCAUUUUCUGAAUCUGUUACCCUGUACAUAGCUAGACCUCUGAUAACACAGCAGCUGUUGAACUAACCCCAUCCUCUGGAAGUCAGCAUGUGAUUGUGAUUCUCAUUCAACUGUGUCUGUGUCUGUGUUCAGUGAUGUGCUCAGGUGCUCCUGUACUGACCAGUGUGUGUGCUAAUAUCUUACCAACACGUCUCUUUCAAAGGGUGUUUCUUGUCUAAGUUUAAAGCCUAAUAAAAUUUGUUUCCAAUAAAACACGAAGUACUUAGGGAUGUGUCCCAUUUCUGACCAUGUGUUGCAUGCUUUCUUGGUGAUUUGCAAAUCUUUUUAUUAUUUCUUUGUCUACCUAACUCUCUGAAAAAAAAUUUUAAUGAACAAAUGCAAAUUCCUGGGCUAUUGAUUGUAUAAACCGACCUGAAAAAUACAUGACAAUUGUGUAGAGCAAAAUGCUUGUAAAUCUGUCUUGAGUUUCACUCUAUGUAAAAACAUGUAUUGGUUUUGUGACCAUACACAAGUUGUAUCUUGAUAACUUAUGAAAACUGUGCUGUAUAAAGGCUGUUGUAUCAGCCUUAUUAAUAAAUAUUGAAACUAUCA